CAAAGAACCUACCUACAUGUAUUCAUGUAAAGUAUAACUGACUUCUUCCCAAAGGCCUACAUGUACCUUAUAUUAGAAAAUGACUUAUAUUGGAUACCGCAACUUUGAAUGCGUGUGAUGCCCAUGUGUGAAACUCAGUUUUGGUGAGAUUUCAGUUACCUUUGUCGAGAAGACUUUUAUCGCCAGUUUUCUGUGCCUGGUCUUGGCCCGACUUCGAAAACUGCCGACAUGCCUCCGGUUACUAAGCGAAACCAUGUGUGCGAUGUGGAUGGAUGUGCUCAGAAUUUGGCGAUGCCCUGGUUUGGCAUGGACAUCGGCGGCUCCCUCGCCAAGCUGGUCUACUUCGAGCCGGCAGACUUCAACCUCGAGGACGAGGACACGGAACUGGAGCCCGAGGCCUUGUACAAGAUCCACCACUACCUGCGCUACAACACGGCCUACGGCUCCACGGGCAUCCGGGACGUGCACCUGGAGGUGCGCGACGUCACCGUCCUGGGCCACAAGGGUUCAAUCCACUUCAUCCGCUUCCCGACCACCAGCAUGAGCCUGUUCCUGGACAUGGUCAAGGAGAAGAAGCUAUCGAGUCUGGCCGAUACCAUCCACGCCACCGGAGGCGGGGCCUAUAAGUUUGAGCAAGAUUUUAAGGAGAUUGUCAAUAUGAGCUUGCAAAAACACGACGAGCUGGCCUGCCUACUUCGCGGCAUCCACUUCAUGGACAGAAUACUCCCGAACGAGUGUUACUACUACAAGAACACGGACGCCUUCAACAGCGAAGCCAGCGAGAAGGUGCCUUAUGACUUCCGGGACCCCUACCCAUAUCUGGCAGUCAACAUCGGAUCAGGAGUCAGCAUACUGGCCGUGUACUCACAGGACAAUUUUAAACGUGUUGCGGGCUCCAGUUUGGGAGGGGGAACGUUUCUAGGCCUGUGCUGCUUGUUGACGGGCUGCGAGACGUUUGAGGAGGCCAUCGAGCUAGCUUCGCAGGGCGAUAGCACCAAGGUGGACAAGAGCGUCAGGGACAUCUACGGCACAGACUACAAUCGGUUCGGUCUGCCUGGCUCAGUGGUAGCAAGCAGUUUCUGCUGCAUGGGAAUCAAAGAGAAACGAGAGGCUGCCAGUAAAAAAGACCUGGCCCGGGCCACGCUGGUCACGAUCACCAACAAUAUUGGCUCCAUUGCUGGAAUGACUGCACUAAAUGAGGGCAUCGAGAGGAUAGUCUUCGUGGGUAACUUCUUGAGAGUCAAUCCCAUCUCGAUGAAGCUCCUGUCCUACGCCAUGGACUUCUGGUCCAAUGGGAGCCGAAAGGCACUGUUCCUACAACAUGAGGGUUAUUUUGGUGCUGUGGGAGCAUUCCUAGAACUGAUCGGCUACGACGGAGAUCGGAACGGCAAUGGUGAAAUAUGCAAUGGAGUUAUAUAACCCACCCCAUCAUGUCUUUGAAUGUUAACUGCUCUGCGCGCACCCUAGCAAUGGCCUUAUUCACCCAGCGGGCACUGGCAUGGCCACUGGUCACCGCAUGCUACAUCACUGGUAGACGGUACAUGGAGCUCAAUGGACAAUCCUGGCAGUCACCAGGGAAAGCAGGGGAUGAAACUCGGGCUGUGCUCGAGUCUCUCAUCUAGAGCUAUUUUCUGGAAUCUUUGACCAUACAACUACAUUGGCACAUGCUGACAAUAACAGUAGCCGCAGACUAUCGAAGUACCAUGCAAACUCUGUCCCGUACGUGGCCUUGAUUAUUACAAAGAUACCGUACCAGCCCUGCCAAGGCCUGCAUUAUGCCAGUAGAGCAGAUAACACAAAGGAAUGAAAAAAGAAGGAGAAAAA